AAGACUACUAGGCCAGAUUCAGCCUUUAUAAUUAACGCUCGAGGCAUAGUAAUUGAAAUUGGUUGCUAGAUCGCUCUUGUAAUCUGCAGUGAUGUCGAACUCGCCUCAAUAUGCACCUUACUCACCUCAGACAAUCAAAGCUCACACCAUUCCGAUCGAAUCCCAAGCGGCAUAUUUCAGAAAUUUCAACAUUCACUCCGUGCGCAUCACCUGGGUUGAUUUAGUCAACGCAACUGGCUUCCGUGUUGUUCCUCUCAAAUCCUUCCAGCGCCUCCUCGCCUCCUCCAGACCGGGUAUAACCAUCACCCAAUGUAUCUUCGGCUUCGUAAUUAACAGGGCCGCAUCUGGAUUUGGGCCUGUAGGGGAGUACCUGUUUGUGGUGGACUUGUCAUCCAUGAGGUUGUGUUCAUACGCGCCGGGACAUGUAAGUAUCAUGGGCUGGUUCCAGGAUAAGGUCCCUACUCCAGGCCGCAUCCUUGGUGCGGGUGUACCCAUGUGUCCGCGAUCAACAUUGAAUCGUAUCGUCGAUACUGCCAAAUCUUACAAUGCCGCCUUCCUUGUUGGGUUUGAGACCGAAUUCAUUCUCCUCAAGAGUACGAACCCGAUCGACGCGGUCAAUCCACACGGAUGGAACAGCGCGCGAGCGCUACCUUCUGGAACCAAGGAGACAGAAGUGAUCGAGGAGAUCGCACGUGGACUCAUCGAUGACGGAAUUGAAUUGAUGAUGUAUCAUUCUGAAGCGGCGCCAGGGCAGUACGAGAUUGUGACGGGUCCACUCCCACCUCUUGAAGCUGCUGAUGCGCUCGUGCACACACGGGAAACGAUCACCAACGUUGCAAGCAAACACGGGUUUCGUGCGACGUUUGCGCCAAGGUUACAUGCGGAUAACUGUGGUAGUGCGGCUCACACUCACAUCUCCGUGCACCCCAUCGAUUCUAAGCAUCCAUCCGAACUUCAAAAUCUGAGCCAAUCGCCAGCAGGCACAUCAGACAAUCUUAUCACCCCUCUCGAAAGCGUCUUCCUAGCUGGUGUACUCAGACAUCUCCAAGCUUCCUGUGCAUUCACGCUCCCCUUACGUGCCUCCUAUGCACGCAUGCUCGAUGGCAUUUGGAGCGGCGGGACAUGGGUCGCAUGGGGAAGGGAUAACCGUGAGGUGCCCGUACGCUUAUGUGUUCCUGCUGCGUCUGUAGAUCCAAAGCUCGCGACCAACGCUCCCUCGAAGAACCACUUCGAGUUAAAAUGUGUAGACGGCACGUCUUCCCCUUACCUCGUUCUUGCCAGUCUCAUCGGCUCUGGGCUCCUUGGUAUCCAAUCUCAAUUACCGCUCUCAGAGCAAGAUUGUGCUACGCCCCCUGCGCUGAUGACUGAGGCAGAAAGGGAUGCAGUGGGCGUUACGCGGCGGAUGCCGAUGUCUUGGGAGGAGGCAAGGGCGGCGCUGGUGGCAGAUGAGGCAUUGAAGGGCAUUCUUGGAGGCCUUGUAGACGGAUUCUUAUCAGCAGGGGAGACAUUGGAUGGACUUUUACACUCCCCGAUGAGUGAGGCGGAGAGGGUACAGAUGCUCGUCGAGUAUUAUUAAGAUGAAACGGCAGGAUUUUAGGUUUCUUCGAUGGGGAUAGGUUGGACGACUAGACCACAUGGUUCACUUGAUGAUACCAGUGCCGAAAAAAUGAUGUUCACAAGUUUCAAAAAUGCCAACAUGUUCACAGCUUUGUAGAGCCUCGGUAUUCAAACAUUCUACGGGCAACACUGAUAUUGCGUUAGCGAUGAUUUUAUCUAAUUUCAUCCGUCAAUGCAGUGGCAGUGGCAUACAGAGUGACGUUUCUUUUGUUUGGCUGAUGGUUCCUUUACUUGGCUGAUGGUUUUUUUUGCUUCGGGC